AUGGACCCCCGGAGAGAGAAGCUCGUGUGGGUGUGGACCGAGAGUAAGCAGGUGAUGACCGCUGCCGUCGAGAGGGGCUGGAGCACCUUUCUCUUUCCUGUGGACAGACGAGGCCUCGCAGAUGACUGGUCCUGUACGGUUCCUAUGCUCCUUACCCUGCUGGGACUUUCACGCUUCGAUCAAAUAUAAAACAUAUACUACUAGUUUAUCGAUCUUUCUCUAACGAUAUGAAAGAUUCUGCUGACAAUUAUUUUAAUCUGUCGUCUCUAAUUUCCGUGCUUAGCUUGAUCAGCCGACUCCAUUAAUGGGGACUGUUCAGUGGGGAUGAAAUCAUGGGGAUAAUACAGCGAAUAGUUACCAUCAUUUUCUUCUGCUGAUCGAUUUAGCAUGAUGAAGCUAGAUGUUCAUGAGAAACUUGACAAUCUAUUAUUCUGUGGUUCUCUUCAUUAUUUGCUCUCGAUCAUGUGAGUUCUUGGUUUGUAUGUCGCAGCCAUUGCUCUUAUAAAUCCUCUCGCCCUCCAAGGAUCUGAUAUUCUUGAUGGAGAAAACAAGAGGGUCGCAUCAUUUCAUGAGAUUUCUUCCCCCCAGCAGUUAGAGCAGCUUCAACCUGAUGACGGAGAUGGGCAUGUGGUGAUCCACCUGCAGGGAGGAUGGCAGGUGUAAGCUCAUGGUCUUGUUAAAGUUCAUAUAUUCGCCAAUAUUUUUUUUUCUGCAGGGCAAAUACAUCCAUGCUAGGCGGAUGUGUUGAAAUAAUGAUCUAAUUGGGUGACCAUCCUUUGCAGACCCCAGUGUUGAUUCUCUGGUCCUUCGCUCUAUCAUCUCUGAUUUCAUAUAUAGAAUGUUUUUCUGACAUUUUUUUAAUGUACAAUAUAAUAGAGUGAUUAAUGACCAUCGUAGGCAAUAUAUUAAUUAUUAAUUUCUUAUGGAAUAUAGGAUUAUAAUUAAGUGGUUCAAUUUUUUUUUAGAUUUAUCAGACUAUGGUGAUAGUUGGAUUAUGAUAUUUCCUGAUGGCCCAUACAUGGUUGGAUAUCAGAAGAAUGUCACAGACUUUAGGAGGGGGGAACUUUACAUGUUAAUUAUCGAUUGCCCAUGCCCAAAACUGGGAUUCUGAUCAUUUUAAAUACUACCUAAUUCUCGUUCCAUUAAUCUGAGCUCAAGUCUUUACGUUUUCUUCAAUUUACGUAUGUUCUUCUUGUUCUUGAUGAACGUAAAUCUUCACCUCCGAAGGUAAUACCCGCUGAGAACAUCGUUGCAGCAUUCCAAGGCUGUUCAAAGACUGUUCUUGCCAUUGCCUCUUCAUCUACUGAAGCUCAAGUCUUCCUUGAGGUAGCUUCCUUAAACUAGUAUUGAAGUAUACAAAGGGGCCCCAGAUGCGGCCCACUGCUUCCUUCAUCAAGAGUUCCUGAUGCGUUUGUAUAGGCACUGGAGCAAGGGCUCGGUGGGGUUGUGCUCAAAGUGGAUAAUGUCCAUCAAAUUAUCGGAUUAAAGGUAUCUUCUGAUCAUUUAUUGCACAUCUUCAAAGAACUGAUCGUGACUAAGUUGGAUCUGUAUGUGCUACAUUUGAUGUUUCCAUCAUCUACAUUUCUGAAACCAUUAUCCAUUAUUUCAGUCUGAUACUUUCAUUGUUCUCAUCAUCAUCAUCAUAAUUAUCAUUAUCAUCAUAAUUAGCAUGACAUUUCUUAUGGAAACGCAUGGACAUGGCUGAUCAGUGCGUUUUGAUUGAGAAGACAGUUUAUUUCGAUUUUAUUUUCUCAUGAAAUUGAGCGUGUUAGUGAAGAGAAAGUGAGGGCGAUCUGGAAAUCAAAGAAAAUGUUAAAACGAACUUAGAUUAAGUUUUCUGAGGGAUGGAAAAUUAGGGUUCUACCACCAACAUCUUUUCAUCUCUCAGUUCUCUCUUUCUCUCUGCUUAUUCCUCAUUCAUCUCUCCACUUGUUCUUGUCCUGGCCGCUUACCCAGCCGAUUUCUGGCCACGGGAUGGGGUUAGAGUGGCUUAGAAGCUGUUCCUUUGAAAGAUUAUGGUUCUCGGGUAUCCAGUCAAUUAAUCCUCCAAACUUUGAUACAUGCUAGAUUAUCUACUCAUCAGAAAAUAUUUUUAUGAGAAACUAGUAGGAUUGAACCCCUAAUUGGCCUUCGAUUUACAUAACCCCAUUGGGAACCCAGUAAAUGGAAUAAUCUUCUCUGCAUAAUGACUAAUGGCUCUACUUCUGUAAACAUCAGUGAUAGUCGAUACCCUCUUCUUGUAAUUUAAGAAGUUUGGUCAACGACAUUUCAUCAUAAUUAUUUAUUUUUCUUUUAAAAACGCCAUUUAGGCUUCUUUAUCAUGGAUCAUUAUACUCGGCAUUGAUGGUGUUUACAUGGCGAAAUUCAGUAUACUUGCUCUGAAGAAGAUCAUCGUUUUACUCUCUCAGUGCCCUCUCUUUGCGUUUGCUUCAAUCUGCAGUUCUUGGUUUCUGCAAGUUAAUGGCGGUGUUAAUAUCUCAGGAGUAUUUUGAUAGAACACAAGAGGUGAAGAACGCCGUGGGCUUGAGUAAGGCCACUGUGACGCGGGUCCAAGUAGCUGGGAUGGGCGACCGCGUGUGUGUGGACCUCUGCAGCGUCAUGCUGCCCGGGGAAGGCCUCCUGGUGGGUCUGGCGGUCAGUUUUCCGCCGCAAAAAAUUGUUUUAUGGCUAACCCAUCUCUCAUUAAUCGAUUGUUUCUUAUUAUCCGUUGACUAUUGCAGGUUGGGUCAUUCGCCAGAGGCCUGUUUCUUGUCCACUCAGAAUGCCUGGAGUCAAACUACAUCGCCAGUCGGCCUUUUCGAGUCAAUGCGGUGAGCCCAAGAUUACAUUAUGAAAUAUAUAUUAUAUAUAUAUAUAUCUAGAGAGAGAGAGAGAGAGAGCUGAUGAGAGGUUUCAGGGCCCGGUGCAUGCAUAUGUUGCUGUUCCAGGAGGGAAGACCUGCUACCUAUCGGAGCUGCAUGCGGGCAAGGAGGUGAUGGUCGUUGACCGAGGAGGAAGGCAACGUGUGGCCAUUGUGGGCCGCAUCAAAGUUGAGUCGAGGUCCCUCGUCCUUGUGGAAGCAAAGGUCUGCCCUUAAUACCAUUCACCGACCAUCCUGGUUUUCUAGCAUAUUUCCUGAAAUGGUAGACAAGCCCCAUAUCAAAAGGGACACUUUUAAUCUCGUUGGCUCUCUCUCUCUCUCUCUCUCUCUCUCUCUUUCUCUCUCUAUUAUUCCCUAGUUAUUGAUCAAUCUUGGAUAAUUAUAUAGAUAUAUGCAUCUUUAUUCAUGAAAAGGGUCGGGGAAUCUUCUUCCUGUUUCAUUCUCACAAUGCCUGAUGGUGCGAUCUUGUUCAUGGACAGGAACACCCAGAUGACAAUGUCUCUUACAGCCUCUUCCUACAGAAUGCCGAGACUGUUGGCCUGGUUCCCCCACACGAAGGUUCCUCUCCUCUAUAUAAAUAAGCAUCUCUUUUUCUCUCUCUCUCUCGCUCUCUCUUUCUAUAUAUAUAUAUAUAAACAUAUAUAUUGACAUUGAGAGAGGAGAGAGGGGAGAGAGAGAGAGAGAGAGAGAGAGAGAGAGAGAGAGAGGAGUUUCGAUUUUACUUUGGGCAUUAGUCUUGCUCUUCAGUGAUUUGUGGCGUUGACUUAUUUAUUAGUGCUGUGCUGUGCUGUGCUGUGCAGAAGGGUCAAAGGGGACGUCCAUUCCAGUGACCUCCUUGAAGGUGGGAGAUGAAGUCCUCUUCAGUGUUCAUGGCGGCGCCAGGCACACGGGAAUAGAGAUCCAGGAGUUCAUCCUGGAAAAAUGA